AUGCGGAAGUGGCUGGUCGGAUGCACCCAGCCUCGUAGAGUUGCAGCCAUGUCUGUGUCCCGUCGUGUCGCUGAUGAGAUGGAUGUUGUCAUCGGGGAAGAAGUUGGUUACAGCAUCCGUUUCGAAGACUGCAGUGGCCCUAGAACGGUGCUUAAGUACUUGACUGAUGGUAUGCUGCUGAGAGAAGCAAUGGCGGAUCCGCUUCUACAGAGAUACAAAGUGAUUAUCCUCGACGAGGCCCACGAAAGGACUCUGUCCACGGAUAUUCUGUUUGCUCUUCUGAAAGGUGCGUUGAGUAACAGACCUGAUCUCAAGCUGGUGGUGAUGAGUGCAACCCUAGAAGCUGAAACGUUUCAAAGGUAUUUUAUCGGUGCGCCUCUGAUGAAAGUUCCCGGUAGGCUUCAUCCCGUGGAGAUCAUGUACACGAAGGAGCCUGAGAGGGACUAUCUCGAGGGUGCUAUUAGGACGGUUGUCCAGAUACACAUGUGCGAGCCACCUGGUGAUAUUCUUGUUUUCUUGACCGGGGAGGAGGAGAUUGAAGAAGCGUGCCGAAGAAUCAACAAGGAGCUUGGGGACCAAGUUAAAGUGUUACCAUUGUACGCCACUCUUCCACAGGCGAUGCAGCAGAAGAUAUUUGAUCCUGCUCCAGAAGGUGGUCGAAAGAUUGUUGUCUCUACAAACAUUGCAGAGACUUCUUUAACUAUAGAUGGGAUUGUUUACGUCGUGGACCCUGGUUUCGUUAAGCAGAAAGUUUACAACCCACAAACCCGUGGUGAGUCGUUUUUGGUGUCCCCGAUAUCAAAGGCAAGCGCUCUCCAGAGAACAGGUCGUGCCGGUAGAACACGGCCUGGAAAAUGUUUCAGGCUUUACACGGAAAAGAGUUUCAACAACGACAUGCGGACGCAGACGCAUCCUGAGAUACUGAGGUCAAAUCUUGCGGACACGGUACUGACUUUGGCGAAGAUGGGCAUAUGUAACCUGGUGAGCUUCGACUUUAUGGAUCCACCUGCUCCAGAGACAGUGAUGCGAGCCUUGGAGGUUUUGAAUUACUUGGGAGCACUAGAUGAUGAAGGUAACUUGACGAGGACAGGUGAGAUGAUGAGCGAGUUUCCCUUGAAUCCGCAGAUGGCGAAGAUGCUUAUAGUCAGUCCCGAACUCAACUGCUCGAACGAGAUACUCUCGGUUUCAGCGAUGCUCUCAGCACCGAAUUGCUUUCUUCGGCCUAGAGAGGCUCAAAAAGCAGCAGAUGAAGCUAAAGCUAGGUUUGCACACAUUGAUGGAGAUCACCUCACGCUGCUCAACGUCUACAACGAUUUUAAGCAACACAAUGAAGACCCAAACUGGUGCUACGAUAACUUCAUCAGCUAUAGAGCAAUGAAAGCUGCAGACAACGUUAGACAGCAGCUAGUGAGGAUCAUGACAAGGCUUAACCUGAAGAUGUGCAGCAGUGAUUUCAACAGCCGUGACUACUACGUCAACAUAAGAAAGGCCAUGCUUGCCGGUGGCUCACUUAGAACGCACUGGCGAUUACUUGACCGUCAAGGAUAA